AUGGGGAAUGUGAGGUCUAGUGUUGGAGGUGGAAGUGGAGUAAACUGAAUUGAAGUACUCGGAAAACAGGUUAGAAAUAUCUUGUGGACCAGAGCAAAUCUAAAUUGACUUCGUUGGGAAUAAUAUUUUCAGACCUGUGGUUUUGAACAAUUUUCCACAAGAAGUUGGGGUUAUUUUUAAUUUAAUUUAAUUUUUAUUUCAUCUAAAAAAAUCGAUAUUUAUAUUAUAAUACUUAAAAACAACACUAUUUUCUAAUUCAUUUAAAAUUAAAUUCCUAAUAUUUUAAAUUGAUUUAGAGUAAUGUAAAAAAAAAAAUUGAAACAAAUAGGUAUAACUUAGCAGUAAUUUAUCAUUAACAUAGGUAUUAUUAUUACAUACCUACUAUUUGUACACAUGUUUUAUUGAUGUAAAUAAUAUUUUGUUUAAACAAAUCCAUACGGUAGGUAAUAGUUUUUAAUCAUUUAUUUUAGGGGGUUUUGAAUUUUUACUAUUGUGGAAUAACUCUAUUUUUUUCCCAAUUAAGUUAUAUAAUAUAACAUAUAAGUAUAUAUACUUAUGUAUAUAUAUAUAAAUAUAUAUUUAUGUAUGUAUACAUAUAUAACUAUUUUUUUUUUUAAAUACUAUUUAUUAUUAAAAUAGCAAUGAAUACAUAAAUACAUAUAUUAAUAUAUUAUUUAAAUAUAAGUAGUGCAAAAUAUUCCAGUGAAAAUAUUUUAUAAGAAAAAUAUAUUGAAUUAACAAAAUAUUGGACAAUUAUUUUUUUAUAAUUAUAAUGAGGUUAUUUUUGUACACAUUAUUAGUUAGCACACUAGCAAUUUCAAAAACAGUAGUAAGUUAUUUAUAUUAAAUUAAUUUCUUCAAUAAAGUAUUUUUUUAAAUAAAUAUUAUACAUACAAGUAUGUGUAUUUAAAUUUUUAUAUUUAUGUAUCAGUAUAGUACACAUACAUACAUUAAAUUAUAAUAUUUUUAUAUUAUGUAAACAAAAAUAAUAAAUUGAGGAAAUUAUACUUAUGAACAACUUUUCUAUCAGAGAUUUUUCUCUGAUGUAUAGAGUGUAGCAUCGUUUUGGAAAUUAAGUUUAGUUAAUACUUUAAACAAGUCAUUUUUUUGAUUUUUCAAAUUGUAUUCAUAAUGAUUAGAAAAAAUUGGGAUAAACUUAGAAAAUAUAGAAAAUUUAAGUAAAGUGUAAAAGAAAUUUUUCUCCAAAUCAUUUUUCCUUAGCAAUAGUUCAUUGUUACUAACAGAUAUAAAUUAAAUUCUCCUUUAUAUCUUACAUUCCCAAUUUCUUACCUAUACAAAAGUAGCCCAACAAUCGUUUGAAGUAUGUCCGUUCAUUUUAUUCUAUUACUAUAUAAAAGAAAAAUGAGAUUUUCUUAUAUAAUAAAUAAUGAAAGAUAGACUUCGGUUAUUUCUGAACCAUACAUUUGUGUUUCCCAAAAUUGAAGAUAAUACGAAAAUGUAUAAUAUUUAAAUAAAAGAUAUUUUCUGUUUAGGUGCCGAUUAUUUAUAUUUUAAAAUAAUACUGUACACUAUUAUUUUUUUUUUUUUGUCUGCAAAUAAAAUUAUUGAUAAUAUUAUUCUAUUGCAGGACUUAAAAAUAAUAAUAUUAUAUAAAACCACAAAUUUAAUUAAAAUGUUGUUAUUUAUGUUAAUAGGAAAUCGUAUAAAUAAUAUCAUAUUUUACUAAUUUCCGAAGAUAUUUAAUAAAAUAAAAUUUCGGUUUUGCUAAAUAUAAUGCUUUAAUAUUAAUAUAUUUUAAUAUACAUUUAGAAAGCCGUUACUUUUAGUUAGGUAGAUAAAGGUUAUAGUGUUUAAAAUCGAAAAAAGACUGAAAUAUUCAAAUUAUUUUAUUUCUUACGUGAUCAUAGUGUGAUUAAAUAUUAUCAAAUAUAAGUGGAUUAAUUAUGAAGAGUAAAGAUAAAUAAGAAUAAUAUUUAUAAACUAAUAAGUUCAUACAAUUAUUUGACAAUGGAUUUUCAUAAUUUAACAUAUUAAAAGGAAAUUAUAUUUUAAUAUAGAUUUAAAGAUGCAAAUACACAUAAAAAUAUGCACAGCAAUAUUAUUUAGCUAAUAACUAUUUUAAAAUUUAUCAGUUACUAAUAUAAUUUCAAUUUUUAAUUAAAGCGCACAGAUAAUCCACAACCUUCAGAUCAAACUAAUUUGGAAUUGUCUGUUUCCAAUGACCAGUCAAAUUCAUAUCAAAACCAAAAUUCACUUAAAGCAGAUGUGACAAAUGAUGGUAAACAUGCAUCCUUAGACGCAAGUUCCCAAACAGUUCAAAAUUCUCAAUCGAAAAACGAAUUGCAUUUAAAUAUUGAACAAAGUGAUACGGACUCAGACCCAAAUGACAGUACAAUUUCAAAUAGUGCAAUGACAAAUGAAAAUAUUAAUACACUGCAACAACAGAGCUAUAAUUUUAAAGAAAGUAAUAGCUUAUUACUAAACAUGCAAAAUAACAAUAUAGAUAAUGAUAAUAAUAACUCCCCAGAUAGCGGAACUGACGAUUUAGAGAGUAAUAAUCCAACAGGUCAAAACUUUGGAUUAAUAUCUCCACAGCCAGACGGAGCAAGUCCUCAAAUAUUAGGCAGUGGGAUACAAACAAAUAGUCCAACACAAGGACAAAACAUAAUGAGUCUAAGUGGAACAGAUCCAAAUUCAAUAAAUAACGCAGAUGCGUAUGGGCCCACUCAACCACGAGAUUCUAGUUCACCUCAAGGAAGUCCAAUCAAUUAUAAUGACGAUAACAUUCCCACUGCAGGUGGAAGUUCAAAUGGGAAUACACCACCGAGUUCUGGAGGAACGACUAGUCCGGAUUCCUCUCAAAUUGGAAGCGGUAGCUUACCGAUAAGUACGUCUCCAGGUGGUCAAAACGGAUUGAAUCCUAGUUUAUUUGAUCCAAAUUCACCAAACGAUGCAGGCACGUUUGGGCCCUCUCAAUUUCCAGAUUCUAGUUCACUUCAAGGGAGUCCAAACAAUAAUAAUAAUGAUAACAUUCCACCUGCAGGCGGAAUUUCAAAUGGGAAUACACCACCGAGCUCUGGAGGCCCGGCAAGUCCGGAUUCCCCUCAAAUUGGAAGCGGUAGCUUACCGAUAAGUACGUCUCCAGGUGGUCAAAACGGAUUGAAUCCUAGUUUAUUUGAUCCAAAUUCACCAAACGAUGCAGGCACGUUUGGGCCCUCUCAAUUUCCAGAUUCUAGUUCACUUCAAGGGAGUCCAAACAAUAAUAAUAAUGAUAACAUUCCACCUGCAGGUGGACUUUCAAAUGGAAAUUCACCACCAAGUUCCGAAGGAUCGUCUACUGUAACUAAUUUAUACACUAAAUCUUCGGAGUUAAGUAAUUCAGAAUAUUUUAAUGGUGGUGUGAGUCAUUCAGAAAGCAGUCAAUUUGAAGAAAGUAUAAGUAUAACUAGUGAUAGUACUGAAAUGGAAACUCAACAAUAUGUCCUGAAUUCAUACAGUAGCGGGAAAUUUAUUUGUGAUGGCUAUGGUAAAAUUAUUGGCGUUGUCUUUAAUCAUUCUGCAGAUAGUGGUCAAGGGCUCGAUACUAUUGAUUUGGACACAAAUAGUGUUAUUUGGGAAGAUAUUAAUAUGCUUGGGCUCGAUAUAUAUCAAUUUAGUGGAAACGCUGGAAAUUAUGUAGGUGAUAAAGCUGAUAACGCAUACACUUCUUCUAAAAAUUCCCUAGGUGAUGCUGCAAAUUAUGUAGGUGAUAAAGCUGACAAUGCAUACACUUCUUCUAAAAAUUCCUUAGGUGAUGCUGCNGCAGGUGGAAGUUCAAAUGGGAAUACACCACCGAGUUCUGGAGGCCCGUCAAGUUUGGAUUCCCCUCAAAUUGGAAGCGGUAGCUUACCGAUAAGUACGUCUCCAGGUGGUCAAAACGGAUUGAAUCCUAGUUUAUUUGAUCCAAAUUCACCAAACGAUGCAGGCACGUUUGGGCCCUCUCAAUUUCCAGAUUCUAGUUCACUUCAAGGGAGUCCAAACAAUAAUAAUAAUGAUAACAUUCCACCAGCAGGUGGAAGUUCAAAUGGGAAUACACCACCGAGUUCUGGAGGUCCGGCAAGUCCAAGUUAUCCGCAAUUCGGAAUUGGUUUGGUACCGUUAAGUUAUUUACCAAGUGGUCAAAACGGAGUAAAUCCCAGUUUAUUUGAUCCAAAUUCAAUAAAUAAUGCAGGUGCGUUUGGGCCCUCUCAACCACCAGAUUCUAGUUCACCUCAAGGAAGUCCAAACAAUAAUAAUAAUGAUAACAUUCCACCAGCAGGUGGAAGUUCAAAUGGGAAUACACCACCGAGUUCUGGAGGCCCGGCAAGUCCGGAUUCCCCUCAAAUUGGAAGCGGUAGCAUACCGAUAAGUACGUCUCCAGGUGGUCAAAACGGAUUGAAUCCUAGUUUAUUUGAUCCAAAUUCACCAAACGAUGCAGGCUCAAACGAUGCAGGCUCGUUUGGGCCCUCUCAAUUUCCAGAUUCUAGUUCACUUCAAGGGAGUCCAAACAAUAAUAAUAAUGAUAACAUUCCACCUGCAGGUGGACUUUCAAAUGGAAAUUCACCACCAAGUUCCGAAGGAUCGUCUACUGUAACUAAUUUAUACACUAAAUCUUCGGAGUUAAGUAAUUCAGAAUAUUUUAAUGGUGGUGUGAGUCAUUCAGAAAGCAGUCAAUUUGAAGAAAGUAUAAGUAUAACUAGUGAUAGUACUGAAAUGGAAACUCAACAAUAUGUCCUGAAUUCAUACAGUAGCGGGAAAUUUAUUUGUGAUGGCUAUGGUAAAAUUAUUGGCGUUGUCUUUAAUCAUUCUGCAGAUAGUGGUCAAGGGCUCGAUACUAUUGAUUUGGACACAAAUAGUGUUAUUUGGGAAGAUAUUAAUAUGCUUGGGCUCGAUAUAUAUCAAUUUAGUGGAAACGCUGGAAAUUAUGUAGGUGAUAAAGCUGAUAACGCAUACACUUCUUCUAAAAAUUCCCUAGGUGAUGCUGCAAAUUAUGUAGGUGAUAAAGCUGACAAUGCAUACACCGCUUCUAAAAAUUCCCUAGGUGAUGCUGCAAAUUAUGUAGGUGAUAAAGCUGACAAUGCAUACACUUCUUCUAAAAAUUCCUUAGGUGAUGCUGCAAAUCAUGUAGGUGAUAUAGCUGACAAUGCAUAUACUUCUUCAAAAAAUUCCUUAGGUGAUGCUGCAAAUUAUGUUGGUGAUAAAGCUGAUAAUGCAUACACUGCUUCUAAAAAUUCCCUAGGUGAUGCUGCAAAUUAUGUAGGUGAUAAGGCUGGGGCUGUUAACGAUGCCUCAAAAGAAGCUGGAAAUUCAAUACAUAGCGCUACAAAUGAUUAUGGUCAUGAUCUAUAUGAUGCUGGUCAUAAUUUUAAGGAAAAUGCAUUUGGUUCCAGCGAUGGUGAUGUAACUAACAAUGUGUAA